UAGCAUAGAGGAGGUUGAUCUGAGAGGUGAGAGCUCUGUGGAUGCUGAAUGGAUGGCGUACUUAGGUGCAUUUCAGUAUUUGAUCUCACUGAACAUUGCAGAUUGCCACAAAAUCACUAAUGCCGCCAUAUGGCCUAUUACAGGUACACAAGUCUUAUCAGACAAGCUUCAUUGAUUUGAUGACUUACCUAUUUUUACUUUUCUUGCCCCCUACUUCUUGUUAGUUAUGUUUCUCAGAUGAAUCCUGAUUUUGCUGACUGAAUUGAUAAUCAAAAACAGAAAAUGGGUAUUUCCUUUAGUGAUAGAUUUAUUACCAAGUGAUUGUGCGUAUCUUUACCUUGUUUCAUGUUGCUUGUGAUUAAGUAAGUGUUCUUCAGCUGACUAAGGAGAAAAAAGCUAAUUGAAGGAUUUUUCAUUGCAAGACACCUGUUCUAAUGGAAGGUCUUGAGUAGUGGAGAUGAUUCAUGUAUGAACAAGGGCAUUCAAAUAAUGGUUUGAUUGCUUUUAGAGACCAUAGUUUUUAUAACAAACUAGUUUCUUGUUUCUAGAUAUCCAUGGACCAUGGCUGAGUCUCUGUUUAAUUCCAGUAAAGAGAUAAUAGGCACACAACCUGAAUUAUAUAACCUGUGUAAAAUUAUAUGCUUGGACUUUAAAAAAUUAUGAGCUCUCCUUUUUGAGUUAAAUUAGCUAAAGGGCAUUCAUGGAAAUUUUGAAAACUUUCUUUUUAUUCUUACCCUUCUCUUGUCCACUACUGGCCAAAUCAGAGACUGCCAGCUUGGAUGUUGCAAUUACUAGUGAGACCCCCCUUUUUCUCCCAGUGUGUUUGUUUCUGUGCGUGCAUCAUGCUCGUCUCACAUCACGUCUGCGCAUGUGAGAGAGAGAGAGAGCAGCACCACAAAAUGGCAUUGAACUGUCGCAUUGGCUAAUCCGCAUCAUCACCUUCGCACCUCUGCACCUCAACAAAGCCACUAGGCCCACCACAAAGGCCCCAUUACCAGAGCCACCCUUUUCUAUUACUGAACAACAGGCCCACAACUCUCUUUUAGCACCAACAACCGCCAAGAUCACCAGGCUGAAAUACCUUCAAAAUCUACAGCCAAUCAUUCCUUAGACCUGCUGCUAGUAGCCAUGUUUAUCGGUUUUCCUUUUUAUUGUUCAUCAUCAUUCUUUUUCUUGAACUGUUCCUUACCAAAUGUCAAUGAACCCUAAAUCUUCCGACUGAUCCACACAGAGACAUACAUAUAUUCAAGCAAUUGGCUUUGAAAAGAAAGCAAUUUUGUUUUUCCAUUUUCAUUGAUUUCUGAUUUAAUGAAGGAACCAUAUUCACCUUGACGCCAUGGUGGGUUUGUUUUGUAAACAUCUAAAUAGUGUAAUUUUUCAUGUGAGAUUUUUGCGGGAAGAGACCGACAUAGCCUCUUACAAAGAGACAGACAAUUUUGUGCUAGCAAAAUCAGUAGUUUAAAAGAUGGGAAAAAGUGUCUAAGGCAUGCUAUGAAUCAACUUGUGGUAUACAUGUGCUUCUUUUCCAUUAAUUUCACCAAGGGCAGCCCAGAAAAGGAGCAUGAGCUCUAAGGGAUUAACCUGUCUGGUAUUUUCUGGGGUAUGGCUAAUUUAAAGGAGAUAGACAUUUCUAGGUGCUCAAAGGUUACUGAUGCUGGUAUUAGGCAUCUUUUGUCGGUUUCAACUUUGGAAAAGUUACAUAUUUCCGAAACAGGUGCGACUGCUGAAGGGAUCUCACUUCUCUGUUCACUUACAAACCUGUCUGUAUUGGACUUAGGAGGUCUGCCUGUCUCUGAUUGGGCACUAAGUUCUCUUCAGGUUCUGACAAAACUACAGUACCUAGACCUUUGGGGAAGCAAAAUAUCGAACGAAGGGGCUGCUAUGUUAAAAGUGUUCCCUAUGUUGAGCUCUCUGAAUCUUGCUUGGACUAAGGUUACAGAGCUGCCAAAUUUGUCCUCUCUUACAUGCCUAAACAUGAGUAAUUGCAACAUUCAUUCUAUAUUUGAAGGGCAUGGUAAUAAAGUUCCUAUAUCGAAGCUUAUUCUCUCUGGAGCAACAUAUGCAGAUGUGUCUGAAGCCUUUCUAUAUGUUGAAACCAGUUCCCUAUCCUUCUUGGACAUGUCCAACUCUUCUCUUGGCAGAUUUUGCUUUUUGUCUCACAUGAAUGCACUGGAACAUUUGGAUCUCAGCUCUAGUUUGAUUGACGAUAAUUCAGUUGAGCUGAUUGCAUGCAUUGGAUCAAAUUUGAGAAUUUUAAACCUCGACAGGACAAGAGUGACCUCUGCUGGAGUGGGGAUUUUGGCUGGAAAUGUUCCCAAUCUUCAAAAUAUCUCAUUAUCUUGUACGCAGAUAGAUGAUCUUGCCAUCUCAUAUAUCAGUAUGAUCCCUUCGCUGAAGGUUAUCAACCUAAGCAAUACGAAUGUCAAAGGUUUGAUUCAUCAAGUAGGUAAUGACCCAGAUUGGAUUCCCUCGCUGACAGCACUACAAAAUCUCAUUUAUUUAGAAAGGUUGGAUUUGGAGGAGACCAGAGUUGGGGAUGCGGCACUACCUCCUCUAUCAGGGUUGCAAAAUUUGAGCUACUUAUCUCUCAAAAGUUAUUUCCUCACAGAUGUGUCUUUGUACCUCUUGUCAUCUAUCCCUAAUCUGACAAAUCUCAGCCUUCAGAAUGCUGUGUUGACCAAUACUGGGCUUUGUUACUUCAAUCCACCAGCAAUGCUGAAAACACUGGAUCUGAGGGGUUGUUGGCUCUUAACAGAGGGCGUUCUCUUAUCAUUUUGCAAAAUGCAUCCUCAAAUUGAAGUCAGUCAUGAGCACGUUCAUUUUGUUCAAUCUGACCAAGGCAGCUCCAACUCUUCAUCUCCAUCACAGGGCUCUUUCAAGAGCUUGCCAUUGAAACAGAAGCGGGGAAAAAUGCCCGUGUCUCCACUUAGAUUCAAUAACAAUGCUUUCUUAGAUCAAAGGUUGAAGUAUAGCAGAGAAGAACUACUUGCGUUGCAGUUUUCGUCUUUAUCACGUGUUUCUCCGCAUGAAAGAGGUAAUGUUGAUACCUAAGUAGGAAACGCAAUGACUUUUAAAGAUAUUGUCCUGUAUAAACUGUAUCAAUUUUUCUGUAUUUUUUUGGGGAACAACAUUAGUUACUUAAAAGUGUCGUCAAAAUAUCAAUAAUGAAUCCAAUUAAUUCAGAUUUACUGUCAAAUAUGUCUAAGGAGCAUACAUCAAAUAUGUCUAAGGAGCAUACAUCAAGAGAGUUAGCUGCCAUGGAGAGGAAUAUAUGAUUGUAAAUUUUGUAGUCUUUUUUUAAUUCUCUGUGAUUGUGAGUUGUUUAGUCCUGUAAAUCGGACAGAAAAUUGGUUGUUGAGAGGAAUAUAAAAAUGUUUCAGUAAUGCGUUGAAUUUA